CUGGAUUUGGUCUAUGGUCCCCUCAUAUUGAAGUCUGGAAUUGCUGCAUUGACUGUGAUAUCGUUGGUGUUUGUGACAUCUCCUCGAACAUUACGCGCCGAUCUCGGGAAUCCCCUGCCCCCUUGACCAAAUAAUAAUAAAGCCCAUCUGAUAUUCAAUGGUCCGGGGAACUCUAUGAAGCCAUGCUGCUGUAUUGAUUCCCUGAUUAUCAAACAUACUUGACAAGUGGUCCGACAAAUAUUAUGCCCUUGAUCAUGGAGGACGGUAUCGAUGUGGAUGAUCUCUUUGGAGAACCUAACUCCCUGGAGCUGGGCUUGCCGGCCGCCUCCCCAAUCAAAGGUCUAGCACAAUGCCUAGAUGAAAUGCGUCUAUUAGGGUGCUGCCAGAAAAUCGCCUGGUCUCGGAUGGGAUGUAUUGCAUCUAUUUCCCCAGACGGACUCCGGGUUAUUGUCCGCCAUCUCCAGUGUCGUCCAUCGGAUGGCAAAUGGGUGCUCGGAGAGGAGUCAUCUUUGGCUCCAGUCUUGGAGGCCCAUAAUGGCAAUCAGCUGGCCCAUCUAUCAUGGAAUGAGACCGGCUCAGAACUGGCCGUUGUCGACUUUUCUGGUCGCAUAUCAAUAUAUUCCAUUUCAAUUGCAUUGAACAGCAUCACAGGCUUGCGUCAGGCCUCAUUUGACUCCGGCGACGAUGGCAGCCAGGUUGUUGGAAUGAUGUGGCUGAACUCCCAGCGUUAUGUGCAUGCAUUUCACCAAGCAGCCAAGGUGAAUGGUCGAUGGGCAUACUCGCCUUUCCGUCGACGCCCCGUCGGGCCAUUCCACCCAGCCAACAAAGGCGCAUUGAUAUGUGUGACCAGAGCCGGCCAGAUCAAGCUGAUAUAUCAAAACCCAGACAGCAAAUGGGCCGAGCUGCCAGCUGAACUGAAGAACACAGGGUACUCGGACAGACUAUUAACGCAUGCAUCCAUGACCGCCACACAAGCUGGGAUCCUUCUCUCCACCUAUUCUGCAUGCCAGAAAAUGUGUCUUUAUAGAGUACACAUCAGCUGGAACCCGUCACAAUGGGAGCCGGCACAAGGAAAACCGCCUGGCCAAUUCCCUAUCCCUACCUUCCGUUUAAUCCACUGUAAGGUCGACAUGCCCAGCAAUAUAUUGAACAUCAACCGGGGCCCGGAGCACUCCGACCAGUCUUUGCCGUUUUUGAACUCGGUAUACUCGUUGACACGACUAGAGAUCAUGCCGGGACAGUUUGAUAGCCCCGCGGGGUCCACUGCCAAUCCUUGGAUCCUGGCUGUCUUAUCGAAGCCACUCCAUGCUAUACAUGACUAUCCAGAUCAGCAAGGCCCGCCGAGUGUGAUUGUCAGGUGGCAUUUGGAAUCUGCACCGCAGAUCCUCCAUCCCAAGUUUGACGAGGUGACGUCAAAAAAGAGCAACGCUCAAGCAAAGCCCAAAAUGGAACUUCGCAGGUUGGAGGACAUUUAUUGCGACAAGUAUAUUGUCUCGGUCGAUUUAGUAGAGCAUGGGACAGUAUUGGCUGUCAGUCAUGACGACAGCUCAAUAACAUGCUACGACACACGGACAAUGACCGUUUUGAACGACCUUGACGAUUCAAGCACAGUGACCUGUCUGGCCCAGGCCGGGUUCCAGUACCCACUCGAAACAUCAGGUCUCCACAUUGCUUUCUCUCCUAACGCUUGCGUUGCCGUUACGCUGGAUAUUGACGGACAUAUGCAAUUGAGGGUGAUGGAGCAUUCGUUCGGAUCCACAGAAGGUCUCUAUGACGAGAACAAUUUUUCCGCGGCCAUUGCGGCCUUGACAUUGGCAUUCAGUCGAGGCUGCGGAGUUGAUUUCAAUACAGACGACAUACUCAUGGUUGCUCUCGGGCAACUAUCACCAGAGGCUCAAAUCACAUUCAUCAGCGAGGUGUAUCGUGCACUGCCGGUUAAUUGCAAUUUCACAGCCGAACAGGACAAACUCAUGAGCCAUCCGUACAUACCUCGUUGUCUAAGCUUACAGGCAGGACUGGGCUUCAAAGGGAGACUCAAGCGCCGCAAUCUCUCAUCGGCUGUGCCGUGGGCAAGCCUUCAACUCAGACAUGCCUCAGUGCUAUUUGCAUAUUUCUUCCAGUAUAAUAAAGGGGGACAGACUGAGUCGCAUGAUCCAGAUGUUCUACGCAUGGUCUUGGGUAACACCAAAUGGACAUUAGACUUCUCUCACUUUCUCCUAAACGAAAUCUUCGACAUGGCCGACGAAUUCGAAGAUGUCUUCAAUGACCCAGAAGCAUUCACACAGAAAUUGAAAAACUCCUCUUCCCUCCCCCUCCUAAUCCUCCUCUCAAGCAUGUCGCGCGCCUUCCUCCGCUUCAUCUGCCGCGGCCUCCGCGGCGUGCAUGCCGGCUUCGCAAGCGCAAACCCCGCCUCUCUUCUAGGCGACUCCCGUAUCUACUACACAGAGAUCUGCCAAACACUAGAAUCAUCGCCGGUACGAAUCGACGUGUACGAGAAGUUCCUGGCAGGAGUCGACUCAGCCGUGAAGCACGCCUACCAAGGCGCUGGCUUCGGCGACGCCGAAAGACCGGGUCCGGAAAAGGAACUGCUGGUUAAUGCGCGCAUUCCGCCAGUCCUCACCACAGCCGUCGCUACCCUCCUCCGGCAGACAGUCCCCGCGCUCAAAUCCGAAAUCAACCGCAUGGCUAUCUACCUCGGGGAUUAUAGCUGGCUUGGUUUUGGGAAUGACCGACGCACGGCGCUGUACCGUAAGCAGCGUGAGGUCGACAUCCUCAAGAAGUGUCCGUUGCGCCCGCCCUUGCCAUUGGGGAAUGAUGGUCGCGUGGCGCCGCUGAAGAAGCGCAGGUGUGCGCGCUGCUGUGAGGUCUCUGGUGAUACGAAUCUGCCUCGGUCGCUUCUGUCGUUUAAGAUGAUUGCUAAGCUGGGGCUGUUGCGGUCUUGUCUUUGCGGGGGGAUGUGGGUUCUUGAGACGGAUACUGGGGAUAUUGGGGUUAGGACUGCGAGUGCGAAUGGCAGUGGCAAUAGGGUUAGCCAGACUUAGGACAUCAGUCAGUGCUGAAAUUGGAUACUAUAGCUGGCAUUCUGGCUUUGAUCUAAGGUGGUGUAGGGCUGGCUGAUCCAGGACGUGAGGACAUGUUGGUUUUUUUUAAAUCUUAGGCAUACUUGUGGAGUGGGUGGUAUUGGGAUGUCUUGCAUCU